ACAAAUGAUCGUCCGACCAUUUUCUCAACUAGUAAUCUUUGCCUUCUAACAAGGUACUCAAGUGCGUUUGUGAUGUCUAUGUAAAGGGGAGGUGGCCAAAAUUUUGCUGGUGCAUUUUUUGAGAUCAACAACCUGUAUAGAUCUUUCAUCCUCAUUAAUACCUGUAAAGAUCUUUCAUCUUUAUUAAUAGUCUACUGCUACAUUGCUGACUUCAUCCCAAGCUUAUCUCUCCCCCAAACACACACACACAAAACAGUUUCCUUUGCAACUACACUUGGUCUGUUCUUUGAAAUGGGCAGGUCACCUUGCUGCGACAAAGUGGGUUUGAAGAAAGGACCAUGGACAUCUGAGGAAGACCAAAAGCUUUUGGCUUUCAUUCAAGAGCACGGCCAUGGAAGCUGGCGUGCUCUACCGGAAAAGGCUGGGCUUCAGAGGUGUGGUAAAAGCUGCAGAUUAAGGUGGAUAAAUUAUUUAAGGCCUGAUAUCAAGAGAGGAAAGUUCACUUCACAAGAAGAACAGACCAUUAUUCAGCUUCAUGCUCUUCUUGGAAACAGAUGGUCAACCAUUGCAACGCUCUUACCAAUGAGAACUGAUAAUGAGAUAAAGAACCACUGGAAUACCCAUCUAAAGAAGAGAUUAACCAAGAUGGGAAUUGAUCCGAAGACUCAUAAGCCCAACAACCAAGUUCGCGGCUCUGCUCAAUCCAAGGACGCUGCGAACCUCAGCCACAUGGCUCAGUGGGAGAGUGCUCGACUCGAAGCUGAAGCAAGGAUGGCUCGUGAGUGGAAAAUCGUUUCCAGUUCUCAGUUCCAAAACAAUGACGAGGCUCUGUGGCCAUUAGCACCAAAACCAUGUCGGCCACCGUGUUUGGAUGUACUAAAAGUGUGGCAAGGUGGAUGGGCAAAGCCAAAACAAGAGCAUGCAACAAUUUUUAGCAGUUCUUUCAACUCCCCAAACAGUACCUUGAAAUUGUCAGAGAACAUUUCCAAUAUUCCUUCUGUAGGAUAUGGUGAGGAACAUGCAUCCAUUACUUCCAUUAAUUGCAUCCAGAAUUUGGGUCCGUUUGAGGUUGGGACCUGCUCAAAAGAAGAAAAUAUUCAAAAUGACAACCAUCCCGGGAUCAAGGGCAGAAUGGAGGAUUCAGUUGAUUCUACUAAUUAUAUUGCCGACUCUUUAAGGGUUCCAAGUUUAAUGGAGGGCUUUACAGAUCUUGUGGUGGACUCUGGUAAUGUUGUUGGAAGCUGCAUUGGAGAUUUUGAAGAGAACAAGAAUUAUUGGAACAGCGUUCUAACAGAAUAUUAUGAGCACAAUUUUAAGUACUAGUAUUGAA